CAUAAGCGCCUAACAAUCAGUUGAUCCAUGAGGGGAAUAGCUGGGGAAAAACCGAUAUAACUAUCUUCUGUUCGCUCUUCAUGUGGGUGUGAGUACACCGUAGCUUCUUGAUGGACAUCUUUUCCGCAUUCAAAAGCAAGCCCUCAAGAGCGCACGGGGACCUAGAGAACAUUUCGCUUGCAGUGGAAUUACAAUUUAACUGCAGUGGACAAGAGAAGAAUUCGUCCACAACGAAGUCGUCUCUAGAAUACGUUCAUUCUAUAUUUCGAGACUACCGGUAUACGUUUCCUACAAACAGGCCUCUGACUGUGACAGCUCCAGUGGGUGGAGCUACAUUGGGCCCCUCUCUCUACCCGCUCAGCACUGAUGGGACAGAAUCCUGAAUCCUUGACGACCCCUCUUUCCUUCUCCGCCCUCCCAGGCUCCACCCUCUUUCUCCUCCUCUCCUCUUUCCUUAGACUCUCCUCCUCCCCCGGUCUCUUCUCUCAGCGCUGGGAUCAUUACUCAACCCCACUGAAGAAUGGACCACAGUAGCUGGCAAGGAUGAACUGGGUCUAACUGCCAAUGCAGAAAGGGAGAUAAGAGGGAGAAAGAGAGAGCGAAAGAAAAGAGUGAGAGAAAGUUCAAAACCUGUGAGUGAAAGAAGAGAGGAACAUAUUAAAAAUGCCCAUGAGGGAUAACAUCGACAACUGCACUUGAGUAGUAUGAGCUAGAAAGCCUCAGCAAACCUGCCCACCUGGAUCUGUAGACACACACACACACACGUCUGUCUCAGUCACAGCAGAAGACGGCUCCUACCCUGCCCUACACUGUGGGGUGGUGUUUUCAACGUUAUUCCCUGCCUACCAUACCUGUGUGAGGAGUGGUGGAGAGGAAAUUCAGCAACUCUUAGAGGACAGUGGAAGCUGACAAAAAUGCUUCUAUGUUAAAACCAGCAGCCCGUAACCUUUUAUCAGGGUUUUAGUAGUGAACAGGUCACCACCACCACCAUGCCGGCUAAAGGGAAGUACCUGUUAAAUGACCAGGAGCUGAAACAUGAGGCCCUGUACAGGAAGUUCUCCUGUAUCAGCCAGUACCAGCCUCUGGUGCUGCUACUAGGCCUCUCCAUGCUGUCCUGCGGAGUCCUCAUCAUCCUCUUCUUCGCCCUGCACUUGAGUGCGGAGGAGCACUGUGCAUUUGUCAGCGUGGUGAGCUGCAGCCUGUGUGUGUUCCUGGCUGUGUUUGUGUUGGUGUGUACAGAGACCCUGACCCAGCGCUGGAGGAGACUGCUGGGUCUGGUGGUCUGGGCCACUCACCUCACCAUGGGAUUCACCUUCAUCUUCAGCGGACCCCUCAUCCUGCCCUGGGACCAGGUUCCCUUCUUCCUGUUCAUCAUCUUCACAGUGUACACCAUGCUGCCUUUCCAGAUGUGCUAUGCUGUGGUGCUCAGUGUGAUCUCCUCACUCUCUCACAUCAUGGUCCUCACUCUACGCCUCACUGUCUUCAACACCCAAGAUCCCAGCCCCUUUCUGGCCAAUCAGCUGCUGUCCAAUGCGGUGGUGUUUCUGUGUGGCAGUGUGGUGGGGGCCUUCCAUAAGGUCCUGAUGGAGAGAGCACUAAGACAGACCUUCCAGGAUACACUCAGAUGUCUGGGCAUCCGCAUGAAGCUGGAGAUAGAAAAGAGACAACAGGAGAACCUGCUGCAGUCUGUGCUACCUGUCUACAUCUCCAUGAAGAUGAAGCUGGCCAUCAUGGAGCGUCUGCAAGACUGCAAGGACAAAGAAGAGCAGCAACGACUCGUCAAAGACAACAACUUCCACAGUCUCUACGUCAAGAGACACGAGAACGUCAGUAUUCUGUAUGCUGACAUUGUGGGCUUCACCCGAUUGGCCAGCGACUGCUCUCCGAAGGAGCUGGUCAUCAUGCUCAAUGAGCUGUUUGGGAAGUUUGACCAGAUUGCAAAGGAGAACGAGUGCAUGAGAAUCAAGAUUUUGGGAGACUGCUACUACUGUGUGUCUGGCCUGCCUGUCUCCCUGCCCAUGCAUGCCAAGAACUGUGUGAAGAUGGGUCUGGACAUGUGUGAGGCCAUCAAACGAGUGCGCGAGGCCACAGGUGUGGACAUCAACAUGAGAGUGGGCGUGCACUCCGGCAACGUGCUCUGCGGUGUGAUUGGCCUCCGCAAGUGGCAGUUUGACGUUUGGUCACAUGACGUCACCCUGGCCAAUUAUAUGGAGUCUGGAGGCUUACCUGGGCGUGUCCACAUCACUGAGGCCACCCUGAAGCACCUGAACAAGGCCUAUGAGGUGGAGGAGGGGAACGGUGGGCUAAGAGACGCCUACCUGAAGGAGCUCAACAUACAGACAUACCUUGUCAUCGAUCCUCGGUCUAAGAACCAGGCUCUGAACAGCCACAGCAUGCCCAAGCCGCGUGUGAAUGACGGGCUGAAGAUGCGGGCGUCAGUGAGAAUGACCCGUUACCUGGAGUCCUGGGGCGCCGUAAAACCCUUCGCCCACCUUCAGAGCAGAGAGGGGUACACCACAGACACCAUGGUCAAUGGAAAAUCACGCUGCAAGGACAUCCCUCUGCGCACAACUCACUCGAAGAUCACUGAGAGGAACAAGUCCCAGAAGAGCAAGUUUGAUGAGGAGCUGCACAAUGAGAUGACCACCACCAUCGAUGAGCUCAGCAGCAAACAGUGGGUGAAGUCUGAGGAGAUUAGCAGUCUGGCUGUGUGGUUCCCUAAGAAAGAGCUGGAGAAACAGUACCGAGCCAUUGAUCUGCCCAUGUUCAAGCACUACAUCGGCUGUGCCACCUUCAUCUUCUUCUGCAUCUUUGUGGUUCAGAUGUUUGUGACAAAAGAUUCCAAAAUGUUGGGAAUGUCGUUUGGAGUGCUGGCCUGUGUCCUCCUGUUGACCCUGGGCAUCUGUUUCGCAGGUCACCUGCAGCGCUUGUUUCCGGAGAAGUUGUCGUCCUGCCAGUGGCUGCCUGCUGUGUCCGAGGCAGUGGUCAAGAGGCCGUGUGUGCGCCUCCCUCUGGUCACUAUCACUACUGCGGUCAUCAUCAUCCUAGCAGUCUUCAACCUGUGCUUCAUCCAGACGAAGUCACCGUGUGAUAUCAAUGGUAACCCUGAUCUGAUUCCAUCUGACAACUCCAGUGAGCAACAUCCAGACACCCUGUACUACCUGCCAUACUCUGUGUUCAGCUGUAUCCUGGCUCUCAUAGCUUGUGGAGUGUUCCUGAGGGUGAGCUUUGAGCUUAAAGUGGUCUUCCUCACCCUGGCCUCCACAGCCUACUACAUCAUCAUCCUCAGCGCCAAGGCUGGUCUCUUCAGCUGCUAUGGACAAAUGCUUUACAACCAACUCAAUGAAAACAGAACUGAGGACUCUGGGACCAUCCUGAGAGCGUUGGGGCUGGUCAAACACCCUGAGGUGAUGAGCUGUAUAUACAUCACCUUGUUCCUGGUCACCAUGCUCAUCAUCUCACAACAGAAUGAGUCAUGCUUCCGCCAGGACUUCCUUCUGAAGAACAAGAACCGUACGGAGCAGGAUGAGAUCGAGACCAGGGAGAACCUGAACCGCCUGCUCCUGGAGAACGUGCUGCCGGCCCAUGUGGCUGCGCUGUUUGUUGGGGAGAAUAAAAAGAACGAGGACCUGUACUACAAGUCGUAUGACUGUGUGUGUGUGAUGUUCGCCUCGGUACCGGACUUCAAAGAGUUCUACACGGAGUGUGACAUCAACAAGGAAGGCCUGGAGUGUCUGAGGCUCCUCAAUGAGAUCAUAGCAGACUUUGAUGAGCUGCUGUCCAAGCCCAAGUUCAGUGGAGUUGAGAAGAUCAAGACCAUCGGAAGCACUUAUAUGGCAGCCGCAGGGCUGAGUGGCACCCCUGGGCAGGAGAAUAACCAGGACCGAGAUAGGCAGCAGGCACAGAUGGGGAACAUGGUAGAGUUUGCCAUUGCCCUCAUUGGCAAGCUGGAUGGCAUCAACAGACACUCCUUCAACAGUUUUAGACUGCGUGUGGGCAUUAACCAUGGGCCUGUUAUUGCUGGGGUGAUUGGAGCCAGAAAACCUCAGUAUGACAUCUGGGGCAACACCGUCAACGUGGCCAGUAGGAUGGAGAGCACUGGAGAGCUGGGCAAGAUUCAGGUCACAGAGGAGACGUCGGACGUGCUCCAGAAGCUGGGCUACUCCUGCGAGUGCCGAGGCCUCAUCAACGUCAAGGGAAAAGGCGAGCUGACAACCUUCUUUGUGUGCACAGACAUGAGCAAGCAGCAGGGAAUUGGCCUGAGCUGA